UUUUGAAAUCCGUCUUUCGGAUUCGAAAUUUCCUUUUAACUUUUCUUACUUCAUUUCAUUCUACGAAUUUUAGCUGUAAUUGUUUUAAAACACACGGAGCACUAACUUACAGAAAAUAUGUAGUAGGAAUGACCGAAAUCAGACGCAUAAAGACAACAGACUUCUGUAAACGAGAUCAGUGCGAGUGUUUUAGUUUGGUGUUUUCGCUCGUCCAGGGUUGUGGAUGGAGCUGGAUUGAUCUCUAGACAUCAUAAAUGUGAUAAGUUCGUGUGUGUUUUUUUAGGAUUAUUGAUUUCUCCUCACUAAAUCACUCAACUGUAGUAAAAACAUGGAUGUGAAUAUGGUGAGUUUCCGUUUGCCUGGGCAUGGAGACACCGCCCUGAGUAACAUGAACUUCCUGCGGACACAGCAGCACUUCUGUGAUGUUACCAUUGUGGCGGGAGGCAGGCGCAUGUUCAGGGGUCACAAGGUCGUACUGGCUGCUUGCUCUGCAUUUCUCAGGGACCAGUUUCUUCUGAACCCCUCAUCAGAGCUACAGCAGGUGUCAAUGUUGCACAGCUCAGCGGUGGUAUGUGAGCUCCUCCAGUCCUGUUACACAGGGAUGCUGCAGUUCAGUGCCAAAGAGAUUGUGAACUACCUGACUGCAGCCAGCUACCUGCAGAUGGAGCAUGUGGUGGAGAAAUGCAGAGGAGCCCUGAGCCAGUACAUGCAGCCCCGGAGUCGCAGCCCCAUUACUGUGAAAUCAGAAGACCCUCAGUCUAUGCCAGUGAUUGUCAGUGGAAGUACCCAUUCAUUGGGAUCCAUUUCUUCCCCUUCUGAUACCGCGUCACUGCAUCCUCACAGUUCAGGAAAGGAGCUCCAGGCUGCCGAUGCCGAACUCUCCAACAUCCCUCACAAAGAAGACAGCGAUUUGACCAUACACCGUAUUAAAGGAUCAGAUGCAUCUGGUCAUUUCGAGGGAGAGGACGGGCCUGAGAGUGAUGUCUUUCAGGUGCAGAUCAACGAUGAACAUCAGGACCCAGAGAAGACCUCUGGUGCUGAGGAGGAAGACAGAGAAGCUGUUGUUGUGUUGGAUGACCACGGUCAGCUGGACGCAGAUAUAGAGGAGCCCAAUAUGGAAGGGCGAGCCAAAGGCAACGGCAUCAGAGGGGCGGGUCGCAUGUGGAGACGACGGCACGGAGAGCACAGGGGAGGCAGAGGAAGAGGCUUUAAACACAGGAAGCGAUACACUUUCAAGGAUCGCAAGCUCUUGGGUAACUACCAGGAAGCUUGGCGGUUCCCAACCCCUGAUGAGAUCAUGGGCAAUUUUGGAGCAGACUUUGGGGCUGAUUACCUGUCUAAUCAGCAUCUCGCAGAUGGUACCAUCCGCAUUGAGUACAGGCCUGGAGAGGGACAAGGAGAAGAGAUUGGCCCUGAUGGAGGUCCUGCACACUUUGGUGUGGAAGCUUCCAGCGGGGAAGAGGGAAUGGGAGUCGGGACACAUACAAAUGAACACGGAGCUGCUGACGAGUCUGUGGCAGUGGUGGGAUCCACGUCCUGUGUAGCGGGACCAGUGGUGUGCGAGCAGUGCGGACUAGCGUUUUCCUCAACGCAGGAUUUAGCCAUGCAUUCCCUGUCAACACACCGGCUGUACGUGUGUCCAUGCUGCGGGAAGCACUUUAGCCACUCCAGUAACCUCAAUCGCCACAUGAUCGUCCACCGUGGAGUUUCCAAGCUCCACUGCUGCCCCCUGUGCCACAAGACCUUCACUCAGAAGUCAACACUGUGCGACCACAUGAACCUGCACAGUGGAGAGCGCCCGCAUGUGUGCGCGUACUGCCAUGUCAGCUUUGCCCACAAGCCUGCUCUACGCCGUCACCUGAAGGAGCAACACGGGAGAACCACGGCCCAAAAUUAUCUGGAAAUGCAGCGAAACAAUGAGGGUGGUGCUGGGGACGGGGUUUAGAUCACAUUUAAAAUGUGUCAAUGAAAUCAGAAUUAACCCUAUUUACUUUCUUAAUACACAUUUCUAGGUUUAUUGUGCACAAUUUAUCAGUGCACAUUAGGUUAAAAUGUACGUCUUUGUAAUCAGUAUGUAAUAACCAUAUCGUUGCUUCAAAAUGAUUCAGAAUUGUCAAUGUGCAGGCCGAACACUGCCAAAGCAUUUGAGCCUGGAAAGAAUGAAUAACUUCAUACUCUCUCAUAGCAACAGUUCAUCCAAUAGUGAAAAUUAUAUAAAGCCCCAUUCAGACUACACAAUUUUAGACCGAUUUUGGCACGUUUUGCUUGACCUAGGGUAUCGUGGGGAUUCGUAUAUGACAAUGGGUGUCGGGACGCAAGAUUCAAUCUCAUGUAGUGUGUCAUAGUGCACGACAACCAAUGCCAUGUCUGCGACGCUUCACGGCAUCAACACAGAAAGUCAAGCAUGUUUGUUUUUUAUUUUUAUUUUUUCUGUCGUCCACGACAAGUUCCGUCACAGCUAUGACACAGGCCAAUAGGAGCACAGAAGCGCCUUCGUACAUGCUUUCAAACAUGCCGAAGCAAAAGAGAGAACGAUAUCAGUCCUCCUAGGUGUAAUUUUACAAUGGAGGAAAUGUUCGUGGAGCUAUGGCAAUAAUACUCCUGCAUUUAUGAUGUUUUUUUGAGGGAUUACCGCGACUAUUUUACCUCAGUUCUCUUUGCAGUCCUCUUCAUGCAAUCCAGAUUUGUGUUCACUGUCAGGUUUUCUUUCUUUUUGGUCUUUUCUGACGACGAGACAGGGCAGAACAUGCUGUUUGCUAGCCAUUGUUUGUUUACGCUCAUGUCACCACCUGACUAGUCCCACGCUAUCGAUGACAGCACGCACGUCGUUAAAGACGGCAAGCGAAUAAUGUUCAGGUAGAAAUGUGUAGUCUGACAUGUUUCUUGUUCACGACACAACAAGAUUUUAGGAGUCAAAAUCGUGUAAUCUGGCACAGUGACUGUCGUAACCGUCAAAACAAUUGUGUAGUCUGAACCGGGCUUAAUUUUCUCACCCUCGUGUCAUUUCAAACCUGAAACACAAAACAAGUCUUUGUCUGAAUUUUUCAAGUCAGUAUAAGCUUUUUUACCGUCGGGCCGAACCAUUUCAUUCCAUGCUGAUCUGGCCCAGCUGGUAUGGUUUCAUUUUCCACUGUGGGCCUGACAAUAGAGCUCGUAAUGCAAAUGUGUCAGUCAUUGUCUUGGUAAUGCAAGUGUUUACAUGUGGUAUGAGAUAGAUAGCGACCGUGCUAUGGAGGAUGAUCAGAUAUUUCCUUUUACUUCACUCAAAUAGUGUGCUUGGCCAGCUACAGAGAGAAUCUAGCAGCCAGAAUCAGACAACAAACAAGUGACCCAUCCUGAGUGGUGACGUCACUACACUCAUUCUACCAACACGGUUCGGCUCAAGUGGAAAUCUAACUGUAACCAUUCCUUACUGUUCUUAGAACCAUUCAACCUGACAGUGGUAAAGCGGUUAAUGAUGUUGUUUAAACUUCAGCGUUCUUCAAAACAUCUUCAUUUGUAAAGAUGACAGAAUUUCCCCUCUUUAUACCACAUAAAAGCACAAAUACUACAGUUUUCUGUUUUUCUUUACAGGUUAAGUCUUUUACUACAAGCGAGCAGACAAUAAUGGAUGCCAAGUGAAGGUCUAGCAUAUCUAUGGCUUUUAAGAGUGAUAAAUGUUAAUACAAACAAAACAAAAUAUGUUCAUGAAUUAGUACUGUGGCGUGAUGAGGAAAGUAAGAAAACAUGUCUGUCAUUUUUGUUGUAGUGCAACUUUAGUGUCCGUAUGUUACUAAUUCAACAAAGCCGUAUUAAAAAGAUUUUGUCCCAACUGUAAUUUUUUUUUUGUUGUGAAUUAAUAUUACAUUGCCAGGACAUUGCAACUGAAAACACAAAAAAAGCUAUUUGGUCAAGCAAUACACCUAACAGGAUGGUCAGGACACUGUAAUCCAAAAAAAGUAACGCCCUAACAGAAAUGACUUGAUCCCGACAAUAAUUCCUUUAAUUGCUUUGAAUUUUUUUAGUUAGAUUUGAUAAUGUUGCUGUUUUAAAAGGGCAUGCCUCUGAAUUUGUAUGCGGCCGAUGCAGCAUAUGCUAAAUGGGGGGCCAGGCUGGAUGGGUGAUGGAAAAAAAGUCUAUAUAGAUAUAUGCUGUUGUUACCUUGGGGAGCCAUUUCUGUCUAAUCUAACCCUCAAAUUUAAUUUAUUCACUGUAUCCUGUAU